AUGCCAUCUCUACUAAACAUCCUCCACAAACGCGAUGAGCUGAGCACAGAGAAACCUUCCCAAGACGUGCAUCAAUCAAUCCCAAACUCCCCGCCAACACCCGAAAUAACCUUCGUGCGCUCCGACACAUUCGGCGAAGAAGUCAUAACACCACCAACCCAUCACUCGGAAUUCCAACCAACCUCCCCAAUCUCCCCAGACCAAAGCCGAUCAACCUUCUCAACCCCGCGCCGCAGCUUCUCAUUCCUCCACCGUUCCCCCCGCUCCGGCUCUCUCUCCAGCCCGUCUCCGCCCCGCACCCGCGAGCGCCGCCUCUCGAACCUCCUGCAUCUGGAUGGCCGGCGCAGUCGGAGUGACUGGCGGAACUCGUCUGCGAAUAUUCCCGCAGACCUGCCGCAGAUAAUAGACGAGCAGGGUGAUAAGGAUGAGCGAGAGGAGCAAUGGGAGAGGAGGGCUACGGUGCUUGUUCAGCAGAAUCCGCAGUUUGGGCCAUUGUCGCCGAGGGGGUCGGAGUGGGAUUUGGUGAGAGAGAAGGGGAGGUCGAGGAGUCCUAGUAGGGGCGAUGUUGUGGGUUCGCAGGUUGAUACCAAUAUCCAAGAGGCGAUUCGGUUGCAUGAGUCCGGAGAUUUGGAACGAUCGACGCAGAUGUUUGGCCAGCUGGCUGAUCCCAAUGGCGCAAAUAAUCCUCUAAGCCAGGUUUUGUACGGACUGGCCCUUCGACAUGGAUGGGGCUGCGCCAAAGACGAAACACAAGCCGUGUCCUAUCUAUCAGCUGCAGCAUCAAAUUCAGCCGCUGUUGAAUCCGAGGCACUACGCGCAGGCAUGAAGAAAGGCGGUCUUGCCAAAGGCGAACUAGUUCUCGCGAUUUUUGAGCUCGCGAAUUGUUUCCGCAAUGGCUGGGGAGUGACCAAAGACCCCUUCGCGGCUCGGCAGUAUUAUGAGACGGCAGCCAACCUGGGUGAUACGGAUGCUAUGGACCAGGUCGCUUGGUGCUAUGUCGAGGGCUUUGGCGGGAAGAAGGAUAAGUUCAAGGCAGCCAAAUAUCUUAGACUUGCCGAGGAGGCUGGAGGUCCGACUGUUGGGAAUUCAUGGAUCUGGAAGGAAAAGUAUAACCCGAAAUAA